AUGCCACCGUUGCAUAUCCGGAUAUGCAACGGUGGCAUAAAGAUGACCCUCUCGCCGCCAAUCGCUGACGCCACCGCUCCGCCGUUUGUCGACGGCCGCAAGGUCCUCUGCAACGGCAAGGUCGAGCCGUGGACCGGCCCAGUGCAGGAGGUGUUUGCACCCAUCUUCAAGCGUGCACUCGCUCUCAACCGGCUCAACCCGGCGCAGGCGGCCGGCUCGGAGGAGAAGGCUCGGAUGGACGAGGCGGCGUCGCUCAAGGCCCUCGACGCGGCCGUCGCAUCGUGGAGCCACGGCCGCGGCGAGCCCCCCUUCCUCUCGGCCGGCGCCCUUCUCGAGGACACGUCCCGGACGCGCCCACCCACGAGAGCGCGCCCCGGUGACUGCAACACGCAGGUGAGCGAGAAGAUGCGGGUCUGGCACGAGGAGCAGUUCGGACCGCUCGUGCCCGUCGUCCCCUUCCGCGAGCUCGACGACGUGUACGCCUACCUCGCGCAGUCCACGUUUGGGCAGCAGGCCUCGGUCUUCGCCGGCGACGUCGUCAAACUCGCGCCCCGACUAGCGCUCGAGAGGGCACGCCCCGACUACCUCCCCUUCUCCGGCCGCAAGUCGUCCGCCCUCGGCACCCUUUCGGUCACGGAGGCGCUCAAGACGGUCUCCACCGAGUACGUCGUCGCCACCAAAGACAACGCGAUGGGCAAGGCGGGCAUGCUCAGCCUGGCGGGCGCACAGUGCAACUGCGUCGCCUCCCUCAUCUGAGGCCCGCCGUCCUCCUUGCUCUCCUGUGCGCCCUGCGGGAGCGGGGGCGUCGCUGCGGCCGCACGCGCCCUCGCCUCCGGGCAUUUACUUAUGACCGCAUGACUUGCCCUGUCGCCCCCCCUUCGCCCUCGCCCUCGCCCCGCCCCAUUCCGGACGCCGCGCGAUCUCGUCGCUCCAACCGCUGGCGAGCCUCUCCGCCCUAGUGCACAGCGCGGAGUUGUUCUGCCCCCAUGGAGUUUCGAGCCUCGCAUGCGCGUUCAAAGUCCGGAUGCGGAUCGUGUCGGCGCUCCUCUGCGCACGCACGAUCGUGGGCGCCGGUUGCGCCGUAUUCGUCUUCCUCAGUCUCGUGUAAUAUUUCAUUGGGUUUGUUUGAUUUUCGA